CGCCGCGCAGUGCCAGCCCGGAGCUUCAAAACAGCCGGCGCCUCGCCUCACGCGCAGCCCGCCACUGUGUCCAGACGCCCGCGCUCGAUUUGGAAUUGUCUCGCCAUCUUUGUCUCCUCAUUCCUCUCUGAACUUCCUGCUGCCUUCGCUGCCCUGUGAACAUGUUGGUGAUUCUUGCCUUCAUCAUCGUCUUCCACAUCGUGUCUACGGCACUCUUGUUCAUUUCAACCAUUGACAAUGCCUGGUGGGUAGGAGAUGGCUUCUCAGCUGACAUCUGGAGAGUGUGCACCAACAGCACAAACUGUACAGAGAUCAAUGACCUGAGCAGUACCGAGGAGUUUUCAGGUUACUCUGUGAUGCAGGCGGUGCAGGCCACCAUGAUCCUCUCCACCAUCCUCUCCUGCAUCUCCUUCCUCAUCUUUCUGCUCCAGCUCUUCCGCCUCAAGCAGGGAGAGAGGUUCGUCCUGACGGCCAUCAUCCAGCUCAUGUCCUGUCUGUGUGUCAUGAUCGGGGCUUCCGUCUAUACAGACCGGCGGCAAGACCUUCACCAUCAGAACAGCCAGCUCUAUUACCUACUGCAAGAAGGCAGCUACGGUUACUCCUUCAUCCUGGCCUGGGUGGCUUUCGCCUUCACUUUCAUCAGCGGCCUCAUGUACAUGAUCCUGAGGAAGCGCAAAUAGGUGUCGGAAGCCCGGCCACUCCCACACUAUGGCGUCCAGUCACAUAACCAUUUUGUAUAUAAUCAUUUUUUUUGUGGUUUUUCUAGCAAACAUUGUUUCCUUUAAAAGCUUUUAUAGAAGAAGAAGAGAAGACAGAGGCAGAGAAGAGGAGUUUCUGCAUACUUGGGAUCACAGAGCAGACCAUGGAGGCUGGCAUUCAGAAUGCUUGCCUACCGAAAGUCUCAGCAAGAUCAGCAAUGUAGAAAUCUACAGGAUGCCUCUCACGGGUGGCUCUGCGCUGUGGGUGUGGCCAACGGUGGGGAAAGCCAGUCUUUGGGAGCAGACUCUUUGUAGGUGUCUGCCCUGCCCUCUUCCCCUGCCCACUCCAUUCCGACAGCCACAGUGGGAUGAUAAGGUCCAAAUUUGGGAUAUCUAUGCUCAGAUAUUAAACCUAAGUUCAUGUAAGAAGUGGGCAAAGACUAGCCCUGGUUUGUCUGUAAGGAACCCAGAGUUUCCCAACCCCGCUGCCGUGAAUUAGGUCAUCACACAAAUUUGUUGAGGUUUGCUCAUGUUUGCCUUAAGGAUAGUGACCCCUUAACCCAGUUGUCAUGUUUAGGCACUGAAGGUCCAUAGGUAGUUCCUCAGGGCAUCUAUCACAUGUAGGCUCACAAGUCUACUUCCAAGACCCUCAGAAUCCUUUAUCAAGGGGGUGGUGGGCCUGGGUGUCCGAAUUUCUGAUGAGCUCCCUGCAAUAUGCUAAAUGCACUAAAGCCAGGGGUCAGCCCUAGAGCUGGGGGAGCAAAGCCACCCUGAGAACGUCACCACUCUCAUCACAACGAGGGGGCCCCACUGCCAGCCACAUCUUGGCUUCCACAGCUGCUUAUAUCUGGGACACUUGGAAGGCGGGCUGGUCAGUCUCCUCCCCGACUACACUAGAGGGUCUCUCUUUUUCUCCCUGCCCUUUCUAAUGUGGAUGCUUCCAUUUGGCCCCUAUUUCUGUAGCCUCAGAAGAGCCAUCUUCCAUUCAUUCAUCCACCCAUCAUUCAACAUGAAUGAGUCUAAGUGCAAGGGAUACCCUUUCAAAACAAUCCCUCACGAGACUCAGUCUAGUGAAAACACACACCAGAAGACAAAUGGAGAAACUGCCAACCAUAAUGAAACAGCAGGGAUUUGAACCCUCCAGGGUGAGGGGGGCCACUUUCUGUGUCUGCUUUUAAGUACCUUGAGAGAUCUUGAUUGCUCUGAACAGAGGUUCCCUUGUUCCAGUGCCAUUCAUUGGGUAGUGCCCACUGGGUUCCACCAGAGAAUACUUCUACAGAGCAUCCUUUACUCCCCACAGGGAGACAGGAAAGGAUUCCCCCAAGCUGUGGCUCUUAAGAUGGUCCUCAAAGAAAAAUCCAGUCAUUUCCGAGUGUGCUCUGAAACCGGAGGCCACGGGGAGGUUUUCAGUAGAGCUGGAGGAGGGAUGUGCCACACCCGAGACUCAGGAAAUCUAUGAUGGCAGCCUUCUCCCUCCGAUACCCUUUCCAUUUUUGAGCAUGAGUUGGAGAGGUGACUCUGGGACAGGUGUGUAUCUGUGUUUAGACACAUUUGCAUGUGAGUUGCUCAAGGGAGGGGAUAUUUGCCAAUAGCUCAGUCCCAGUGGAGCUGGGGGAUGUUGGGAUCUGAGUGGCUUUUAGGGUCAUCAUUGGCCACUUCUUCAGUACAAGACUGACUUCCCUCCCUUCCUCCCUUUCUUCUAUCUUCCUUUCCUUCCUUCCUUAGAGGGACUGCCAAGGUGACAUGGGGCAGUGACAGGACAAAUGAUCACCUGUUGUCUUAAUGUACUUUCUACCGCUUACUGUUGACUUGAUUGUAGAGUUGGCUUCAUGUCUUGUGAGUCCCAAGGAAGGAGUCCUCUCUACUUUCCCCUUGUGGCCUUUUCUGUAAUAGCUGAUUAACAAUUGUUCUGAUGAUCAUGAUGGAAACAGACCACCUCAGAAACAGAGGCACGAAAGUCUGAGCCCGCACAAAUUCCCACCUCAGAAACCCCCAGGGUUUCUACAGAAGUGCCCUUGUCUAAUGCAAUGGGGAUGGCCCUGUGGGUUGUCUCUGCUUGCUGCUGUGACCAGCUCAGUGCCUACAGCCACCGGUGGCAUGAGAAGUGCUUCUCUCCUGCUCUAUGCCCUGCAUUUGGGAUGCUAAGAAGAGGUAAGGAUGUGAGGAAGAAGAGAUCCACCCUUCUCCUAGGUAGGAUCAGCUCUCAAUGGUGCUUAUCACUAGUCAUCAAAGAACAUGGCAGUCAGCUGCGAUAUCCAAGAAGCAAGUAUUAGGACCAAACCUGUCACCGUAUUUAAAGGAACUUUAGUUUGCAUAUCUUACAUUUUUAUAAAGUACUGUAAUUCAGGGGGGUGGGGCAUGUGACAGAGACAGACUAACCCGUGUUUGUCAUUUGAAUAAAAAUUAUUUUGGGUCUCUGUUUAAAGAAUUCA